GUCAUUCUUCCAUGGCAGACCAUCACUUCCUUUUAUCCGAUCCCACCUUGAAAAAAUUGGCUUCACAGAAUUCACAGUCACGCUUCUAGAUGAUACCCAUGUGCUGCUACACUUCACAAAGGAUGAAGACUUCAUGAGGUGCUUCAAGAGAUAUGAAUGGAAACUUGGUAGCUUUGCUAUGAAGAUAUCGAAGUGGACGCCAAACUUUGACCCAAGGUAUGAAUCCCCUUUACUUCCCAUCUGGGUGGCUAUAAAAAACCUCCCCAUCCAUUUGCAUGAUAGGAAAUCCCUCUUGGAUAUUGCUCAAGUUUUUGGCAAGCCCAUAAAACUUGAUGCUACCACUGAAAAUUUUGGCCGUCAUUCCCUUGCAAGAGUUUGUGUUGAGGUGGAUAUCUCACUGCCACAAAUUACCAAAUUCUGUGUGCAAAAUGGAGAUAUCCCACAGAUUCUCAAUGCCUACUAUGAAAAUGUUCCACAUUUUUGCCAUGAGUGCAGAGCCCCAAAUAUGGGAAUUGAGACCUUGAACGGUGCGAAUUUUUCUUCAUGGAAAGAUUCACUGAUUCUAACUCUUGGCAUGUUGGAUUUUGAUUAUGCACUGAGAGAGCCUGCCCCUCCUGCCCUCAGUGAUAAAAGUACUGCUGAAGAUAAAAUAGUACAUGAGAGAUGGGAGAGGUGCAACCGAAUGGCUCUUAUGCUCAUUAAAAAUUCCAUCAGCAUAAUCAUCAGGGGAGCUAUUCCAGAUUCAUCUAAUGCUAAAAUAUAUCUGGCUUCCGUGGAGGAACAAUUCAAAGCAACUUCUAAGGCACAUGCUAGUACUCUUAUUUUGAAGAUGGUGACUAGAAAAUAUGACGGGAAUAGCGGGAUUCGUGAGCACAUCAUGAUGAUGAACGACAUGGCCCGUAAGCUCAAGGGAUUAGACAUGGAGAUCAGUGAAGGUUUUCUGGUGCACUUCAUAAUGACUUCUCUUCCUGCAUCUUUUGAAGCUUUCAAGGUCAACUACAACACCGAGAAGGUCAAGUGGUCGAUGAAUGAGUUGAUUGCUAUGUGCGUACAAGAAGAAGAGCGUCUGAAGCUGGACAAACCUGAUGUGGCUUACCUCAUGACCGCUAAUCCAAAGAAGAGGAAGGGCAAUGUCAAUAAGAAGGAUGUUUCUAAAGUCCAAAAACGUGAUGCAAGUGCUUCUUCCAGCUCUAAGAACUCCAAAGGGAAGUCUUACUACAAGUUCUGCCGCAAGGAAGGACAUAGACAGAAAGACUGCCAAGACUUUAAGGAGUGGCUGACGAAGAAAGGUAAUCAUCUUUACAUGAUACUUGAGUCCUUUAAUUUAAAUGUUCCAACUAAUACAUGGUGGUUUGACUCUGGUUCUAUGGUUCAUGCAACCAACUCACUUCAGGGAUUCCUUACAAUCCAGAAGCUGGAAAGAAACCGAAGAACACUUAAGCUGAGGAAUGGAACAGAACUAGCUAUCGAAGCUAAACUCGACAUGAAAACUGUAACUUGCUACUUCAUUGGUUAUCCUUCUCACUCAAAAGGUUACAGAUUUUAUUGUCCUUCCCACGUCACUCGCAUUGUAGAAACCAAAGAUGCUCAUUUCCUUGACGAUUUUAAGGUCAGUGGGAGCAGUGAAAACCCUUAUGAUGAAUUGCUAGAAGUACAAGACGCGGGGGGGAGAGACUUGUCGAUUACUUUACCUCCAAUUACUCCUCUUGUACUCAAUUCCAAUCCGCAGGACACUGCACCGCCUCCUACUUCUAAUGUACCUGGAAAUGAAGACACCUCAAAUGAUCACCAUCAAGACAAUGCUGCCAAUGCUCAAUCCGAAAAUUUGCUCAGGAGGUCAUCUAGGUCUAAAAGGCCUACUAACUUUGAUGAUUAUGUUACCUACUUGACUGAAGCAGAAAUGGAUGCUGGAAAGUUUACUGAUCCUACCUCUUAUAAUGAAGCCAUUAACAGUGAUCAGUCUUCUGAAUGGAAUAAAGCCAUGAUUGAAGAGCUUGACUCCACGAAGAAAAAUAAUACCAAUCCUGGUCUUGAUCACUGGAAAGCAGCUAAGAAAGUUCUUCGAUAUCUACAAGGGACAAAAGACUAUAAACUGACUUACAGAAGGAGUGAUAAUUUAGAAGUGGUUGGUUAUUCUGAUUCUGAUUUUGCUAAGUGCAAAGAUGACAAGAAAUCCACUUCAGGGUAUAUCUUUAUGUUAGCUGGCGGACCUAUCUCGUGGAAGAGUCAUAAGCAAGAGUUGACUGCAACUUCUACAAUGAUGGCAGAAUACAUUGCGUUGUACAACGCAACCUGUCAUGGGAUGUUGCUCAGAAACCUCAUCACUGGACUCAAAGUAGUUAAUUCCAUCUCUCGACCAUUGAAGCUUUAUUGUGAUAACUCAGCCGCCGUUAGUUUCUCGAACAGUAACAGUUCGACUGGCGCUGCUUUAUAUCUUGAUACAAAGUACUUGUUCGUACCUAAGUUUCAGUUUGCACUGGUGGGCAGUUUCUUUGGGAAAAGGCCACCUCUGGAGAUCAUACGCAGUUGGCUGGAGAAAAUUGGAUUUGUGGGCUCCUCCACCCCUCACAUGUGCUAAUCAAUUUCUCUUCUGAAAAGGAUUACCAGAGACUUUUCCUUCGCAAAGACUGGAAUGUCCAGGGAGCUACCAUGAGCAUCACCAAAUGGACCACUGACUUUGAUCCCUCCAAGGUAACUCCAAUCAUCCCUGUCUGGAUUUCCAUAGCUAAUCUGCCCAUCCACCUUCAUGAUAAAAGAGCCUUGAUGUCUAUUGCAAAUAUUUUUGGGAAGCCUAUCAAACUGGACUCAACUAUAGAAAACUUCAAUAGGCCUUCAGUGGCCAGAUUCUGUGUUGAAAUGAAUCUCUCUAGCAUGCCCCAAAACUCCUUUUAUGUUAAUAAUGGAGAUAACCCAUU